AUGUCGGUUAAGGCAAUUUAUGAAGCGGAUGGCAAGCGACUUAUAAGCCAACAUCUACAAUUUCCUCAGUUAGCUCCUAUUAAAAGUGCUGUUGCUGCAUCAAAUUUAGAUUGUGCAAAACUUCAGGAUGAAAGUUCCUGGCUCUCUUCUGAGCGAUUAGUUGUCAAACCGGAUCAAUUGAUCAAGCGCCGUGGUAAAUUAGGGCUUAUUAAAGUCAAUGCAGAUUGGCCAGAAGUGCAAAAAUGGAUUACUGAAAGGAUGAAUAAGCCUAUACAGGUUAGCGGAGCAACUGGUACGUUAAGGCGAUUUAUCGUUGAGCCAUUUGUCAAGCAUACCCAGGAUCAAGAACUGUACUUAUGUAUCUAUGGAACCAGAGAAGGUGACAGUAUUCUCUUUUAUCAUGAAGGUGGUGUUGAUGUUGGAAAUGUUGAUGAAAAGGCUCUAAAAUUAGAUAUUGCCGCUAACAAAUUACCUUCAAUCGAUCAAGUUGAAAAAGAGCUCGUAAAGAAUGUAGCCGCUCCAAUCAAAAGACUUGUGGCUGAAUUUAUAGUAGCAUUGUUUAAUAUCUAUCGAAAGCUUUAUUUUGCGUACCUGGAGAUCAACCCUUUAGUUGUUGUCGAUAACGCGAUCUAUAUCCUUGACUUGGCCGCUAAAAUUGACGCAACUGCAGAAUAUCUAUGUAAAAAAGAAUGGGGAGAGAUAACAUUUCCUCCACCCUUUGGACGAGACGCUUAUCCAGAGGAAGCUUAUAUUGCGGAACUUGACGCUAAAAGCGGAGCAUCGCUUAAAUUAACUAUUUUAAACGAGCAAGGACGAGUAUGGACUAUGGUUGCUGGCGGCGGAGCUUCAGUAAUUUAUAGCGACACGAUUUGCGACCUAGGAUUUAGCCAUGAAUUGGCCAACUAUGGAGAGUAUUCUGGAGCACCUACAGAAUCUCAAACUUACGAAUACGCCAAAGUAGUUCUUAGCCUCAUUUGUCGUCAUAAGCAUCCUGAAGGAAAGGUAUUAAUCAUCGGUGGAGGUAUCGCUAAUUUCACGAACGUUGCUGCAACUUUUAAGGGAAUUAUCAGGGCUUUAAUGGAAUUUCGCCAUCUUCUAGUUGAAUCUAAAGUAUCUAUAUUUGCUAGACGUGGUGGACCUAAUUACCAGGAAGGACUACGAAUGAUGCGUGACCUUGGUACAGAUUUAGGUGUUCCUCUGCACGUUUUUGGGCCUGAAACACAUAUGACGGCUAUUGUUUCUAUGGCACUAGGGAAGCAAGCUGUUUCAGAUUAUACCGCAACUGUUGCAAACACUCAAACUGUCAGUCUGCUACUUGGGGAGUCGUCUAGCACUGUAUCGAAUAAGAAGUCUCGUACUAGUUCUUUUGGAGAAGCUUUAUCUGACAAUAAAGAUGUUAAAUCAUUGCGCAAUGAGCGAGGUAGAAUUACUGUUUUUACCGACAAAACAAGAUGCUUUGUUUGGGGCAUGCAGCCGCGUGCAGUGCAGGGUAUGUUAGAUUUCGACUAUGUAAGUUCAAGGGAAACUUGGUCGGUAGCAGCUAUGAUUUAUCCAUUCAGUGGGGAUCAUAAACAGAAAUUCUAUUGGGGUCAUAAAGAGAUUCUCAUACCAGUGUUUAAAGAUAUGUCUGACGCUAUGAGAAAAUUUCCUGAAGUCGAUGUUCUUGUUAACUUUGCAUCUCUAAGAUCGGCUUAUGAUUCCACUAUGGAAGCUUUGCAAUUCAAGCAGAUUAAAGCCAUUUCUAUAAUUGCGGAAGGAAUUCCUGAAGCUAAAACAAAGCAGUUAAUCGCAACUGCUCAAGAAAAAGAUGUUACCGUUAUUGGUCCAGCUACGGUUGGAGGAAUAAAACCAGGGUGUUUCCGUAUCGGUAAUACUGGCGGUAUGUUGGAUAAUAUCAUAGCUUCAAAGCUCUAUAGACCCGGAAGCGUGGCGUAUGUUUCACGAUCUGGGGGAAUGUCUAAUGAACUAAAUAAUAUGAUAUGUAGAACAACAGAUGGCGUUUAUGAAGGAGUAGCAAUCGGUGGAGAUCGCUACCCUGGUACUACAUUUAUUGAUCACAUUCUGCGAUAUAAUGAUACUGAUGACGUUAAAUUGAUCGUAAUGCUUGGAGAGGUUGGUGGUAUAGAGGAAUAUCAUAUUUGCCAAGAGAUUAAAAAUGGACGAAUAACGAAACCAGUUGUGGCUUGGUGUAUUGGUACAUGCGCGUCAAUGUUUACAUCUGAGGUUCAAUUCGGACAUGCUGGAGCGUGUGCUAAUGCCGACAGGGAGACCUCAGUGGCGAAGAAUAAGGCUUUGAGAGAAGCCGGUGCUCACGUACCUAAUAGUUUCGAUGAUUAUGGAAUUUUGAUACGAGAUGUCUAUAAUGACUUAGUAAGUAAAGGUACCAUUGUACCAAAACCUGAACAACAGCCACCUACGGUUCCAAUGGAUUACGCUUGGGCUAGGGAGUUAGGUUUAAUUCGCAAGCCAUCAUCAUUUAUGACAACUAUUUGUGACGAGAGAGGAGAUGAACUGCGUUACGCCGGCAUGCCAAUAUCUGAAAUUUUCAAGGAAGAGAUGGGAAUUGGAGGAGUUAUAGGCCUACUUUGGUUUCAGAGACGCCUACCACACUAUGCUACAAGAUUUAUAGAAAUGUGUCUUAUACUUACUGCAGAUCAUGGUCCAGCUGUUUCUGGUGCUCACAAUACCAUUGUUACUGCCAGAGCCGGGAAAGAUCUAAUCUCUUCAUUAACCUCUGGCUUACUAACCAUCGGUGAUCGAUUUGGCGGUGCUUUAGACGGAGCCGCUAGGCAAUUUUCGGAAGCUUUCGAUUUAGGAUUAUUACCUAUGGAAUUUGUUAAUAGUAUGAGGAAACAGAAUAAAUUAAUUAUGGGUAUUGGGCAUCGCGUAAAAUCGCUGAAUAAUCCCGAUAAGCGUGUCGUCAUUCUAAAGCACUACGUAAAAAGCAAUUUCCCCUCUACUCCACUUUUGGAUUAUGCUAUUGAAGUAGAAAAGAUUACUACUUCGAAAAGGCCAAAUCUGAUAUUGAAUGUCGAUGGUUGCAUUGGUGUUUGUUUUGUUGAUCUACUUAGAAACUGUGGUGCAUUUACGACUGAGGAAGUUACGGAGUAUAUUGAAAGUGGUACAUUGAACGGCAUUUUUGUUCUUGGGCGUUCCAUGGGAUUCAUUGGUCAUUUCCUUGAUCAAAAACGUCUGAAACAAGGCUUAUAUCGACAUCCUUGGGAUGACAUCUCGUAUAUAAUGCCCGAGGGUUUGGAUGAUGUUUAA